AUGGCUCUCGUCUUCAACCUGAUCGUUCUUUUGGAAGCCUAUCUGCUAACUGGAUAUGCUUAUGGAGAUGGUCCUACAAACUGUGUCCCUCUCACAGCCAAAGCUUGUGAAGGGGCUGGUUAUGACCUCACUGCGGACUUUCCAGCGAUUGAUGGUCAGCCAUACCAACAGGUCAAAGAAAAAAGUCUGGAGUAUUUCCUGUCGUUUUUGCACCACUGUUCACCAUAUAGCAAGACAAUAAUGUGCUCGCUGUACAUGCCAAAGUGCGUGCAAGGACGGCCAACGCCAGUUCUUCCCUGUCGCAGUGUCUGUUUGGAGUUUGUGAGCAAGUGUCAGACACUUCUGUCGGUGGCCUCACACGCUGGCAUGUUCAGAGCGCUCUGUGAUUUGUUACCAGAACAGAAUAGUAACUCUGAGACUUGUUUUAUACCCGUGGGGUUUACUCCAAGCGUUUCUGCCGCUGCUGUCCCAAGACGUGGUGGUAAUUGUAGCAGAGUUGUGGAACCAAAAUACUGCUCCACAGAUCUCCAUUAUAGUCAGACGUUUGUUCCGGAGAAACAUCAGUCUAGCGUAACUGUUCUUCAAAGCAUCAAAGACUCCAAAUGUUCACCAGUGUUUGAAAAGUAUCUGUGUUAUACCACUGUCCCUCCAUGUAAGCCCAACGAUCUGUCCGUGUAUGUGCCUUGCAGAUCUGUCUGUGAACAGGUGAAGAGAGAAUGUGGAGAAGAAUUUGAGAAAAGUGGAAUUUCUCUGCCAGACUGUACUCCGACAUACCCGGAGGAUGAUGACCCUCAAAACAAAGGCUUGUGUCGUCUGAGUCAGUUCCCAGUUGCUUGGCCUGUCAACAAGGAAGGUAGGAAUAUAAUUACUAAGAACUACAAACCGUAUCAGGAGAUCGCUAGGGACUGGGGAAGGGAUGCGCCCUUGAAUGGCUAA